AUGUGUGGAUUCAGUGGUGAACUCUAUCGCCAAAUGUCUUGACUUACCAUUGAAUGGCAUUCAAGUGAUAAUUAUUGCACCACUUCUUUGAUUCGCUCGACUGAUUGAACUGUUUUGUAUAUCCGUUGGCAAACAUGUCUUCCGUAAUGAUGGCCACAAUCGGACAACUUAUGAGAAGUGGUCAAAGAGAUGAAGAGUAUAUGAGUCGACUGAAUGAAGAGCUCAACCAAUUGAUUCAAUACUGGUUUGGAGUCAGACAUUGGGUUCAGUGGAGACACCAUUUGCCGCAAUUGUCUCAAUUGAUCUACUAUUUGAUGACCACAUUGUCUGGAUUGCAGACAUUGGGCGAAGAAUAUGUUAAUAUUGUCCAAAUCGAUGGCAAUAAGAUAGCUGUUCCUAAACUUUUAAAACGUUUUGUCACAAUUAUCGGUCAGAUAUAUUGUCCAUUUCUGAUAUCAACGAUUGUAUCUAAAAUAAGUGAUUAUAUCCAAAACAAUGACAUCGUUAGCAAUACUUACAACAGACAACAGUUGUUGAAAUAUUUACCAAUUGUUGAGGAGUCGUGUCAACUGAUCCAAAGAGUUCAUACAAUUUUGUUUUAUUUAACUGGAAGUUACUAUUAUUUGUCCAAAAGAGUUACUAAUAUACGCUAUAUAUCUCCAAACAUUGGAGUCACUGCGGGAACUGAUAGUUCGCAUACCAUCUACAAGAUUGUCGGUUACUUAACACUAUCGCAACUAUUAGUCUCUCUUCUACUGAAAUAUCAGUCUUACAAAAACUCUUCGAUAAAUCCAAGCGAUAAGUCCAGCGAUGAAACAGACAAUAAUUGUAAGACAACAUCAUCUGACUGUCAGUCUCGGGAACCGUUACUGAAUGUCAGCCACCGGUGCUCAUUGUGUCUGGAAAAGAGAGAUCAGACAACGGCCACCACUUGUGGUCAUCUGUUUUGCUGGAAAUGUAUCACUGAAUGGCUUCAACUGAAGAAUGAAUGUCCACUUUGUAGACAACCAUUAGAGCCGUCGCGUAUUGUUUUGUUAAACAAUUAUUAUUGAUUUAUUAUGUAUUUUAAAAAUCACUAAAAUUUGAUUUAUAUUUUUCUUAAAUAUUUAUAAUAAUCUCAUG